AAUUUUUUUUCCCCCAUUAUCUCUUAGUGCUGGGGUUUGGGUGUGUACAAUAAUUAUCUGGUAAACAGAAGAAAAAAGCAUUGUCUAGUCCUUGUUUAAUUCAUGCUAGACUUGGAUGGGUAGCAGUGUAAUUUUGAGAUAGGAGACUCACUGUCGAUGCCGAUAGCACUUACGGCAUUUGCUCAUUUUGCGGUCCUUAACCGUAUCACUCCGCAAUCUCUUCACACCUUCUUCAAAGCUUCUCCAUAUGUCUACAAAUCUUCCCAUUUCUUCUUCUUCUUGAUUUUUUGAAAGGAGGAACAAACAGAGUGAUGAAGAGAAAACGAAGACGAUUAAAGAAAUCGGGUGCCAUUUUCUUGCCUACGAAGCAAUUUCAGGUUGAUUAAGGCAUUCAGUUAAGAAAUCAAUCUUUUUCUUGCAGUGAAUUUCUGUGUUUCUUGGUGAUCAUUUGAAAGAAGAAAAAAAGAAAAAAUGGCUUCCAAUGCAACAGAAGCAUCGUGUCCCACACCCAUGAAAGCUACAUCCAACGGGAUCUUCCAGGGGGAUAAUCCUAUUGAUUUUGCACUGCCACUUGCCAUCAUACAGAUUGUUCUAGUGGUUGUGCUCACUCGUAUUCUUGCUUUUCUUCUAAGGCCACUGCGACAGCCGCGUGUCAUCGCUGAGAUUGUUGGAGGCAUACUGCUGGGACCAUCAGCUCUGGGUCGGAACAAGCACUAUCUCAAUAGUAUUUUCCCAUCCAGAAGCCUCACAGUGUUAGAUACUUUAGCCAAUCUUGGUCUCCUUUUCUUUCUGUUCCUUGUUGGCCUUGAGUUAGAUCUGAAGUCCCUCCAACGGACGGGGAAAAAGGCUUUAGGCAUAGCUGUUGCAGGAAUUAGCUUACCCUUUCUGUUGGGAAUUGGAGUAUCAUUUUUACUCCGUAAAACUAUCUCUGAAGGUGUUAAAGCAGCUCCAUUCCUUGUAUUCAUGGGAGUGGCCCUUUCAAUCACUGCUUUCCCUGUCUUGGCUCGUAUUUUGGCAGAACUCAAGCUUUUAACCACUGAUGUUGGUCGAAUGGCAAUGACAGCAGCAGCCGUAAAUGAUAUUGCAGCAUGGAUUUUACUUGCUCUUGCCAUUGCCCUCUCUGGAUCUGAGCAUUCACCCCUCACAUCUUUAUGGGUGCUUUUGUCUGGGGUUGGAUUUAUUAUCUGUUGCAUAGCGGUUAUCCCCGCUGUCUUUAAAUGGAUGGCGCAUCGUUGUCCUCAGGGUGAGCCAGUAAAUGAAAUUUAUGUCUGUGCUACAUUAGCUAUUGUUUUGGCAGCAGGGUUCUGCACUGAUUCUAUUGGAAUUCAUGCCCUCUUUGGUGCAUUUGUAAUUGGAGUUCUUAUCCCAAAAGAGGGACCAUUUGCUGGUGCUCUUGUUGAAAAAGUUGAAGAUCUUGUAUCCGGUCUCUUCCUCCCGUUGUACUUCGUCUCUAGCGGAUUGAAGACCAAUGUAGCUGCAAUUCGAGGUGCUCAAUCAUGGGGUUUACUUGUUUUAGUCAUAUGUACAGCCUGCUUUGGAAAGAUAAUUGGGACUGUAUUUGUCUCUCUGUUAUGCCGAAUUCCUGUUCAGGAAGCUAUAACUCUGGGGUUUUUGAUGAAUACUAAAGGCUUGGUGGAGCUCAUUGUCCUCAACAUAGGUAAAGAUCGAAAGGUCCUGAAUGAUCAAACAUUUGCUAUCUGUGUUCUAAUGGCUAUCUUCACAACCUUUAUCACAACUCCUAUAGUCUUAGCAGUGUAUAAGCCGGCUAAACAAAAGAUGAGUGCUGAUUACAAGCACAGAUCAAUUGAGAGAAAAGACCCAGACAAUCAGCUUCGAAUUUUGGCAUGUUUCCAUAGUACAAUGAACAUUCCUACAAUUAUCAAUCUCAUUGAGGCUUCACGUGGAACUGAGAAGAGGCAGGGGCUAUGUGUCUACGCGCUGCAUCUUAUGGAGCUUUCUGAGAGGACAUCUGCAAUCCUUAUGGUCCAUAAGGCAAGAAAGAAUGGACUUCCCUUUUGGAAUAAGUUGCAGCAGUCUGAUACCAACCAAGUAGUUGUUGCUUUUGAGGCUUUUAGGCAGCUGAGCCGUGUGUUUAUUCGUCCAAUGACAGCAAUCUCAGCAAUGCAUGAUAUGCACGAGGAUAUCUGCGCCAGUGCGGAAAGGAAAAGGGCUGCAAUUAUAAUCCUCCCGUUCCACAAGCAUCAGAGGUUGGAUGGGACAUUAGAGACAACUAGAAAUGAAUUUCGUUGGGUCAAUAUGAGGGUUCUUGAGCACGCUCCAUGCUCAGUUGGGAUUUUGGUGGAUCGUGGGCUGGGUGGAAGCACACAUGUAUCUGCAAGCAAUGUUUCCUACACUGUAACUGUCUUAUUUUUGGGGGGACAUGAUGAUCGUGAAGCCCUUGUUUAUGGAGCCAGAAUGGCUGAGCACCCAGGAAUCAGUUUAAUUAUCAUUCACUUCACAGCAAGCAAUGAUAUUAUGCGGCAGACGGUCAAAAUUGAUAUAGUUGAGGAAUCUAGUAAUUCAUCGGAAUCAGCUGAUAAAACAUUUCUAGCUAGCUUCAAGAAGAAUUCAGAUGACGACUCUGUCAUUUUUGAAGAGAGAGAAGUGAAUAGUGCAAAAGAAAUUAUUGAAGUAGUUAAGGAGUUCUGUCGCUGCAAUCUGUUCGUUGUAGGUCGAAUGCCUGAGGGUCCUGUAGCUGCAGCUUUGACUGAAAGGGUUGAAUGUCCUGAACUGGGUCCUGUAGGCAACCUCUUGACUUCUAAUGAUUUUUCAACUUCGGCAUCUGUCCUGGUGGUGCAGCAGUAUAAUAGCUCUACAUUUCAACUCACUUCUGCCAGCUCCACAAAGAUUGCAGAGCUGCCUGGGGAUGAUUCAGAGGCUGGGUAGAUUGGCUUCUCCGUUUGAACUAUCCGUAAUAUAUGGAUUGCCAGCAGCAUUUCUUUCCUUAAUAUCAGAGUUCACCAAGUACUUGUUGCAAGAUUCAGGGCCUUGGCUGAGCUAUGGCUAAAAGAAUUCAAGAAAAAAAAAAGGGAAAAAGAAGAAAAAAAUUAUAAAAGACCAAGAAAAAGAAAAAGAAGAUGAAAAAGUUAGAAAAAUUAGGAAUAUGUAAAAGGAAAAACAAACAGAUUUAAUUCAACCCGAUCCAAAUAAAAUGCCAUGGUUUUGUUUCUUUUUUA